AUGCUGGUCCAAGAACCAUUCAUAACUUACAACAGUUGGGUGGUUCCUUGGAUUAUGGCGCGGAUCGUGGCUGCUUUAAACCAACUGAAUGGUGGUCAUAAUGGUCUUGAUCAUAGUCUCUGUGAGACAGUCCACCUGCUUCUGAAUCUUCUCCUGUGGGCUGUCACAAGUUUGACGGUCUAUAUGAUCGAUCCUGAAGAGAUGUUUAAAGUCCGAGUGAUUGGCUUCCGUUCGAGUGUCGUGAGUUGUGACUUUGAGGGUCUCCUUGUGUAG